UUUUUGUGGGAGGAAUUAAAAAUAGAUGAAAUAGAAUUUGGAGAGACACCCCCUAUUUCACCCCAACAUCUGCCAUAGCUCGUUGCAUCUCAUACGAAAUUGCUGCUGGGUAAAUCCAUUGUGCGGAGGCUGUCGAAGUGUACGCCGUUGACGAGGAAGAGUCUAGUUUCACGAUUGUGAGAAAAUUGUUCAGAUUAUAGUGCUAGUCAAACAACAAUGAGCUCCCUCCAAACAGAUACAUAUAGCAAUGAUACAAGUCGUGGUAUAAAGGUAAAGACCGAUAAGACUAGACGUACAUGGUCUACGAGGGAGGAGGAGGUACUUCUUGUAUCUAUGAAGGAACUCGUUGUUAAUGGUUGGAAAUCCGAUAAUGGGUUUCGCGCUGGCCUGGUAUCUCGGUAAGCUCGAAGAGGCUCUUAAGAAAAACUUUCCAGGGACAAACAUCAAAGGCAUGCCUCAUAUUCAUUCCAAAAUAAGCACAUGGAAGAAGAACUACAAUUCGCUUACAUAUAUGUUGGAUAAGACUGGAUUCGGUUUCAAUAUUGACGGGAAACAUAUGAUAGAUUGCGACGAUGAGCUAUGGGCCGAAAUUUGUCAGUUAGAUCAAAAUGCACGCUCGAUGCGUAAGAAGAGCUGGCCAUUUUUGGAAGAUUGGAAAGAGAUCUUUGGAAAGGAUCGUGCAGCUGGAAAAGAAGCGGAAGACGUCAUGGAUGCAGUUAACGAUAUGCAUCGUCCAAAUAAUGUGGACAGCGCAGGAGUUCAUGGUGAUUACUAUGUUCCUAUUGAAGGUGAAGCUGAAACUGCUGGUGCCGAUGAAAGUGUCUAUCAAAGUGAGAAGGACAAGAGCGUUGCACGAACCAUAAACAAGAAGCGUAAGGCGAAUGAUGUUUUCGAUGGCUUGGUUGACGUGUUGGGUGAGAUGAGCCGGAACGCCGAUGUGCGGGCCGACAGCAUUGUCUCACGCAUAGGCUACAAAUUUGACUUGGGGAAGGCGAGAAAGGAAGUAUACGCUCAACUCAAUUGCAUGACAACCUUGGACAUGAAUGAGAAGUUCGAGGCUUAUGAGAUCUUGGCAGGCGAAAAGCAGGGGCUUGAACUCUUUAUGGGGCUACCGGAUGAUGCAAAACCACACUACGUCGCUUACAUUCUCAGCACUAAAAAACACUAGGAAUUUCACACAUUCCUUUUUGGUUAUGUAUUUUGUUAUGUAUUGGCUUCAAAUACCUAAAAAUCCUCGCUUUUGGUAUCAAUGGUGUGUGUGUGUGAUCUGAACUCAAAGUUAGCGUCGUGCAUUUCGAUUUCUAUAAGGUUUAUGGAUUAUUGUAGUUUCAUAGAUGGUUAUGCUGAUGAUCAAUGUUUAAUUUUUUGUGA